AUGCGGCACAUGGGAACGGGCCUAGACAGACGCAAGGCGGGCGCCGCCGGCAAGGGUCGUUCGCCAACACCGACACCCCAAGCAGCAGCAGGCGGAGCAGGAACAGGAGGCGGAGGUGGUGCAGCACCCACAGCAACAGUGGCAACAACAGCCGGCGGAGGUGGCGGAGGCGCCGCCAGAUCCACGCUACAUGCGAGUCGAACCAUACUGAAAACGGUAUCCGUGUUCCUCGCCAGCGGCAAGCGCAACUCGAGCCACCAACAGUCGAAGGCCGCGGCGGCUGCCUUGCAGAACAAACGGCAACAGCGGCAACGGAGGAUGGAUGAGCUGAGCGGCAAAAUCAAUCCCAAGCUCCUGGACAGUCUGCGCAAGAAGACGCGCUUUACCAAGGAUGAGCUGGAUGCUUUGUGCCGGAUCUAUCGCAAGCUGGUGUCCAACUGUCAGUACGCGGCCAAGACGCUGGCCUCCAGCUCCUCGAGUGCAGCCAUAGCCAAGCCACAUGCCGCCGUGGAGGGCAUCGAUCGCAUCGUUUUCCGAGAGCUGUUGCACAGCACCUUCGACAUUGUCACCGAGGAGAUCCUGAUGGAGCGCAUCUUCUGCAGCUGGGACAAGGCCCACGAGGGUCUGCCUCUGCGCCUCGAGGGCUGGCUGAUUGGCCUGUCGACCUUCUUGCGCGGCACGGCGGCGGAAAAGGCGGCUUUUUGCUUCCGGGUGUAUGAUCUCAACACCGAUGGCUUCAUCACCAAGGAUGAAAUGUUCACGUUACUUAGGAACUGCCUGAUUAAGCAGCCGCAGGACGAGGACCCGGACGAGGGUGUCAAGGAUCUGGUGGAGAUUGUGCUGAAGAAGUUUGAUCUAGAUAAGGAUGGCAAGGUCUCCAUGGAGGACUUCAUGGGCACCGUCACCGCGGAGCCGCUGCUCAUUGAGGCCUUUGGCCAGUGCCUGCCCACGGACAGCGCCGUCGUCUCCUUCUUCUCCACUCUGCAGGUCUGA